CAUGUUUUAGGGCGCUGUGUUUGCUUUCUUACACUUGCACUCGCGCACUCGCCACCGCCACCGCCACCUCGGAGAGCGCGACGUGGACGGGCGCAAAACCCCCCUCGUCGCCGACUCUCUCGCUCGUUGUUAUUCACCUGGAAACUGCUCUCUCUCCUCCUCCUCCUCCGCCUCCUCCCAAGUCCCAACACUAUUUAUACAUCGCAAGAACCCGAAAACGCUUUCACACCGCGAUGCCACACAGUCACAGAGAGAGAAAGAGAGGGAGAGAGACUUAGCUCGCCUCAAAUCCAAGAACCCUUUUGGCUAAUCUGCAGCCCCUUUGACUGUGAGCGUUUAAUUCGCUUCUACGGUGGCUCCAGAAUUUAGGGGGUCGGUUUUUUUUUAGGCAUUUACUGUUUCUCGAUCGAUGUUAAUUAUGGGUAAAAGGAAGAGAACCGACGAUCGUCUCAACGCCGACCCUUCUCUUUCGUCUUCUUCACCCGCAGAAAGCAUGCCGUGCUCUUCUGGAGUGGAAUUGUCCUCUAGAAAGUCUUCUCACUUUGUGGACUCUAAUGAGAUGAAGCCUUUCACAUCAAGCAUGGAAAUGGAUACUUCUUCUAAUCACUCUUCUCCUGUACUUCUUCGGCAAAAUCUUGGGCGUUCAAUGUUUUUGAAACGCUCACGUCACUGGUAUGGACACCAGAACUCAUGGCGUAACUCAGGUGCCCAUAUGAGUGCAACCACUUCUCAUGGGAAGACCCCGCCCUCUUGGGAAGAGAGGCUUAACUUCAAGUUGGCUAGUCGCUACAACUCAGACAACUGGCACUAUGCAGAUUAUAGAGACAGAGCCUUUAGCAGGCCGGAGAGGAUUAGGUCAGAUUCCGCCACAUUAGAUUCUGCCUCACUUGAAACGGCAAAGCUGCAAUGCGGGGUCUGCCAGAAACUUUUAAGGAGGAAGCCUUAUCUUCUUUCUGGCUCUCACUCGUCCUCGGAAAACUCUGUUGCGGCAGUUCUAGUAUGUGGACACGUCUAUCAUGCGGAUUGUUUAGAACAGAAGACGUCUCUUGAAGACAAAUCUGACCCUCUAUGUCCCGUUUGUCUCAAUUUACUCUCACCUGCUGACGCCUUUAAAGGAGGAGGGAGGGAAAUGAUUGUACAGGCUCUUUCUAACAAAGAAGGCUAGAUGCUUAUGCUGGGCAUGCUAGAAUGCUGUCGUAAAUAUGAUAGGUGAUAUAUAUGCACCCAAUAUCUCGAUGGGCUUAUUAGAGGAAGCGCAUUGUUUUGUUAUAGCCUUAUAGGAUAUAGAAUUUUAGACUAUGAAUGCAGUGUAUAUUGUCGGUCUGUAUUUAUCAGACACAUUGCGGCUUUGUGUUAACUUAGCCCAUUUUGUGCGAAAACACAUUUUACAGUA